AUGGCUAAACAAGGAAAAUACGUUCCGUUAUGUGUUCGCUACGACUUGCCUACAUCCUUUCAACCAAAACAAGCAAAGAUACAACCAUUGGUAUCGAGCAUUGAAACAAAGCCAUAUAAGACGAAUCAGUCAUCUUCGAAACCACCGAGAUUACAUCAUAGCCAAUCUUUGAAUCUGCCAACCAAAUCAGAUGCUGUUACGCAACAACCAUUUUCAAUUCCUCGUCCCAAAACUUCGACUUGCAACUCAUUACAAUCAAAUGUGACGUCAAGUUCUAGAGAGAGUUUGAAGAAAACAAACAAAAUGGACAACAAGAUAUCAACAAUCGAAAAACAACAAACGAAGGGAUUACGUCGUAACCGUUCUCGUUCUGUUUCAUCCAUACUCAUGACGCCUUCAUUCAGGUGCAUACCAGAAUGCAAUGAGAACGAAGAUGAAAUUCACAAAAGUUCACAGUUUUAA